AUGGCCGCUCUUUCUCCUCCGCCCGGCUACACCGCCUGGGAUAGCUCUCUUCCCGCGCCGGCGCCAUUCUCCGGCGUACCUCCAUUGACAGACACCGUGCCGGAUGAUGUAUCAUCUGUUACGCAUUGGACGCCGUCCCAUUCUAGUACCCUCUACAAGAUUGAUGGUUGGGGAGCGCCUUACUUCUCCGUCAACUCAUCCGGCAACGUCACCGUCCGUCCACACGGUGCCAAAACCAUGGUUCACCAAGAGAUAGAUCUCCUGAAGGUCGUCAAGAAGGCCUCCGAUUCGAAAUCCAACCGAGGCCUAGACCUACAGCUCCCGCUCAUCAUCCGAUUUCCCGACGUCCUGAAAGAUCGCCUUGAAUGUCUCCAAUCGGCGUUCAAUUACGCCGUAAAGUCCCAAGGGUACAGCUCCCAUUACCAAGGCGUUUAUCCCGUGAAAUGCAAUCAGGACCGGUUCGUCGUCGAGGACAUUGUCAAAUUUGGAUCCUCGUUCAGGUUCGGAUUGGAAGCUGGAUCCAAACCUGAGCUUCUUCUAGCCAUGAGCUGCCUCUGCAAAGGAAGCUCCGAAUCUCUCCUGAUUUGCAACGGUUUCAAAGAUGCAGAAUACAUUUCGCUAGCUUUGAUUGCUCGAAAGCUUUCAUUGAACACCGUCAUUGUUCUCGAACAAGAGGAAGAGCUGGAUUCUGUAAUCGAUAUAAGCAUAAAGCUAGGCGUUCGACCCGUCGUCGGGGUCCGUGCUAAGCUCCGGACGAAGCAUUCCGGCCAUUUUGGAUCGACUUCCGGCGAAAAAGGUAAAUUCGGUCUCACUACGACGCAAAUUAUCCGUGUUGUGAAAAAGCUUGAACAAUGUGGCAUGUUGGAUUGCCUUCAAUUGCUCCAUUUCCAUAUCGGAUCUCAGAUCCCUUCAACGACCUUGCUUGCUGAUGGCGUUGGUGAGGCCUCUCAGAUUUACAGCGAAUUAGUCCGCCUUGGUGCUUCCAUGAAAGUUAUUGACAUAGGUGGUGGCCUUGGGAUUGAUUAUGAUGGUUCCAAAUCGACCGAUUCAGAUGUCUCUGUUGGUUAUACUUUAGAAGAAUAUGCAAUGGCGGUUGUUCAGGCGGUGAAGUUUGUUUGUGACCGGAACUCCGUGAAGCACCCUGUGAUUUGCAGCGAGAGCGGACGUGCCAUUGUAUCCCACCAUUCAAUUCUGAUAUUUGAGGCAGUUUCUUCAGGCAAGUACACCGUUCCAACGAUGUCUUCUUUCGACAUCCAGCGAUUCAUCGAGCGGCUUCCUGAGGACGCUCAUUCUGACUACCAUAACUUGUCUCAAUCUGCUGUCAGAGGCGAGUAUGAAGCUUGUUUGGUCUAUGCUGAUCAAUUGAAACAAAGAUGUGUCGAAAAAUUCAAACAUGGGUCGUUGGACAUCGAACAAUUGGCUGCUGUCGAUGGGUUGUGUGAUUUGGUUGAGAAGGCAAUUGGGGCAUCCAAUCCCGUCAGCACUUAUCAUGUUAAUCUUUCGGUUUUCACAUCAGUUCCUGAUUUCUGGGGCAUAGGACAAUUGUUUCCCAUCAUUCCAAUCCAUCGCCUAGACGAACGCCCAGCAAAAAGAGGAAUUUUGUCGGAUUUGACUUGCGACAGUGAUGGAAAGAUUGACAAGUUCAUUGGAGGAGAAUCAAACUUGCCCCUUCAUGAAUUGGAAGGAGAGAACGGAAUGAAGUACUAUUUGGGGAUGUUUUUAGGAGGGGCUUAUGAAGAGGCUCUCGGAGGCGUCCACAAUUUGUUUGGUGGCCCUAGCGUGGUCCGUGUGUCUCAGAGCGAUGGUCCCCAUGGCUUUGCUGUUACCCGAGCCGUGCCAGGCCCAUCCUGCAGUGACGUUCUCCGUUCAAUGCACCAUGAGCCAGAGAUCAUGUUUGAGACCCUUAAGCACAGGAUUGAAGAGUAUGUU